AUGUCUCUCACCCAGGGUGCCUCAUCCCGCGAACUUUUGCUCGAAGCAUGUCGUCGCAACAACACCGAUCUCCUUUCCACAGUCUUGUCAGACUUCAAAUCAGCCGACGAACUUGCCAGCUUCCUCAACACUGCCACUGAUGCCUUGGGUUGCGGUGCUUUGCAUAUUGGCGCACAGUAUGGUGCCUAUGAGGUCCUGGAUAUGCUGCUGGAUCAGGAAGGUGUAGAGAUUGACGGUGUAGAGAAGAGGGAGGGAGACACAUGCUUGCACAAGGCCGUGAGAUAUGUCAACAGCUUGUCCAAGGAUGAGUGGGAAGAGGGCCAGGCUAUCGUCGACAUCCUGAUCGACGCUGGUUGCGAUCCCAGGUAUGUGGUACAGGUGACAUCGCAGCCGACAGCGAGGUUGACGAGUAUAUUCAGGAUACGUAACAAGGCCAAGCUGCGCCCCGUCGACCUCACCGACCCACGCAACACUGAGCUCAGGAGUCUUUUGCAGAAGGCCGAGUUCACCAUGCUGGCUGGUGACGACGUCGUACAAGAAGACGAUGACGAUGUCGAUGCUGGUAGUGCUAGCGACAGCGAUUAA